AUGGGACGCCACACAAUCUACCAGGAUGAUAUCAAGUUGGCACGCAACACUCUCUACCAUAAAGGUAUCAAGAUGGCACGCCACAUAUUCUACGAUGGUGCUGUCAAAAUGGCACACCACACACUCUACCGCGAUGAUAUCAAGAUGGCACGCCACACACUCUACAAAGAUGAUAUAAAGAUGGCACGCCACACUCUCUGCCAUGAAGAUAUCAAGAUGGCACGCCUCAUAUUCUACGAUGGUGCUGUCAAUGUGGCACACCACACACUCUACCAUCAUGAUAUUAAGAUGGCACGUCACAUACUCUACCAUGAUAUUAAGAUGGCACGCCACACACUCUACCAGGAUGAUAUCAAGAUGACACGCCACGCACUCUACUAUGAUGAUAUCAAAAUGAUAUUUCACCCUCUCAACCAGGAUGAUAUUAAGAUCGCUCGCCACACACUCUGCCAUGAUGAUAUCAAAAUGAUACUUCACCCUCUCAACCAGGAUGAUAUCAAGAUGACACGCCACGCACUCUACUAUGCUGAUAUCAAAAUGAUAUUUCACCCUCUCAAACAGGACGAUAUUAAGAUGGCACGCCACACACUCUGCCAGGAUGAUGUCAAGAUGGCACGCCACUCAUCUUUGCCAUGUAAUGCAAGGUUAUGUGCUCUUACUAAAACCCUAACUGCAACGCCAUACUCUACCGUCCUACCUUCCUACCACCAUCUCACCCAAACUGUACACCCCUACCUUCACAUCACCAUCUCACCCAAACUCUACACCCCUACCUUCCUGCCACCAUCUCACCCAAACUCUACACCCCUACCUUCCUACCACCAUCUCACCCAAACUCUACAUCCCUACCUUCCUGCCACCAUCUCACCCAGACUGUACACCCCUACCUUCACACCACCAUCUCACCCAAACUGUACACAUCCUACCUUCCUACCACCAUCUCACCAAAACUGUACACACCCUAACUUCACACCAACAUCUCACCCAAACUGUACACACCCUACCUUCACACCAACAUCUCACCCAAACUGUACACACCCUACCUUCACACCAACAUCUCACCAAAACUGUACACACCCUACCUUUACACCAUCAUCUCACCCAAACUCUACACACCCUACCUUCACACCAUCCUCUCACCCGAACUGUUCACCCUACCUUUCUACCACCAUCUCACCCAAACUGUACACCCCUACCUUCCCACCACCAUCUCACCAAAACUGUACACCCCUACCUUUCUACCACCAACUCACCCAAACUGUACACCCCUACCUUCCUGCCAUUAUCUCACCGAAACUCUACACACCCUACCUUCACACCAACAACUCACCCAAACUCUACACCCCUACCUUCACACCACCAUCUCACCCAAACUCUACACCCCUACCUUUCUACCACCAUCUCACCCAAACUCUACACACCCCACCUUCACACCACCAUCUCAACCAAACUGUACACCCCUACCUUCCCACCACCAUUUCACCCAAACUCUACACCCCCUACCUUCAAACCAUCAUCUCACCCAAACUGUACACACCCUACCUUCACACCACCAUCUCACCCAAACGGUCGCCCCUACCUUCCAUCCAUCAUCUCACCAAAACUGUACACCCCUACCUUCACACCACCAUCUCACCCAAACUCUACACACCCUACCUUCACACCAUCCUCUCACCCAAACUGUACACCCCUACCUUCACACCAUUAUCUCACCCAAACUCUACACCCCUACCUUCACACCACCAUCUCAACAAAACUCUACACACCCUACCUUCCAACCUCCAUCUCACCCAAACUCUACACACCCUACCUUCACACCACCAUCUCACCCAAACUGUACACCCCUACCUUCACACCAUCAUCUCACCCAAACUGUUACCUUCCUACCACCGUCUCACCCAAACUGUACAACCCUACCUUCUGCCACAAUCUCACCCAAACUCUACACCCCUACCUUCACACCACCAUCUCAACAAAACUGUACACCCCUACCUUUCUACCACCAUCUCACCCAAACUCUACACACCCCACCUUCACACCACCAUCUCAACCAAACUGUACACCCCUACCUUCCCACCACCAUUUCACUCAAACUCUACACACCCUACCUUCACACCAUCAUCUAACCAAAACUGUACACCCCCACCUUCCCACCACCAUCUCACCCAAACUCUACACCCCCUACCUUCAAACCAUCAUCUCACCCAAACUGUACACACCCUACCUUCACACCACCAUCUCACCCAAACUCUACACACCCUACCUUCACACCAUCCUCUCACCCAAACUGUACACCCCUACCUUCACACCAUUAUCUCACCCAAACUCUACACCCCUACCUUCACACCACCAUCUCAACAAAACUCUACACACCCUACCUUCCAACCUCCAUCUCACCCAAACUCUACACACCCUACCUUCACACCACCAUCUCACCCAAACUGUACACCCCUACCUUCACACCAUCAUCUCACCCAAACUGUUCACCCCUACCUUCCUACCACCGUCUCACCCAAACUGUACAACCCUACCUUCUGCCACAAUCUCACCCAGACUGUACACCCCUAUCUGUACACCACCAUCUCACCCAAACUGUACACCCCUACCUUUCUACCACCAUCUCACCCAAACUCUACACACCCCACCUUCACACCACCAUCUCAACCAAACUGUACACCCCUACCUUCCCACCACCAUUUCACUCAAACUCUACACACCCUACCUUCACACCAUCAUCUAACCAAAACUGUACACCCCCACCUUCCCACCACCAUCUCACCCAAACUCUACACCCCCUACCUUCAAACCAUCAUCUCACCCAAACUGUACACACCCUACCUUCACACCACCAUCUCACCCAAACUCUACACACCCUACCUUCACACCAUCCUCUCACCCAAACUGUACACCCCUACCUUCACACCAUUAUCUCACCCAAACUCUACACCCCUACCUUCACACCACCAUCUCAACAAAACUCUACACACCCUACCUUCCAACCUCCAUCUCACCCAAACUCUACACACCCUACCUUCACACCACCAUCUCACCCAAACUGUACACCCCUACCUUCACACCAUCAUCUCAACAAAACUCUCUACACCCUACCUUCACACCACCAUCUCAUCCAAACUGUACACCCCUACCUUCACACCAACAUCUCACCCAAACUCUACACACCCUACCUUCACACCACCAUCUCAUCCAAACUGUACACCCCUACCUUCACACCAUUAUCUCAUCCAAACUGUACACCCCUACCUUCACACCACCAUCUCAUCCAAACUGUACACCCCUACCUUCACACCACCAUCUCAUCCAAACUGUACACCCCUACCUUCACACCAUUAUCUCACCCAAACUCUACACCCCUACCUUCACACCACCAUCUCAACAAAACUCUACACACCCUACCUUCCAACCUCCAUCUCACCCAAACUCUACACACCCUACCUUCACACCACCAUCUCACCCAAACUGUACACCCCUACCUUCACACCAUCAUCUCAACAAAACUCUCUACACCCUACCUUCACACCACCAUCUCAUCCAAACUGUACACCCCUACCUUCACACCAACAUCUCACCCAAACUCUACACACCCUACCUUCACAACAACAUCUCACCCAAACUGUACACCCCUACCUUCAGACAAUCAUCUCAACAAAACUCUCUACACCCUACCUUCCCACCACCAUCUCACCCAAACUCUACACACCCUACCUUCACACCACCAUCUCACCCAAACUGUACAACCCUACCUUCCUACCACCAUCUCACCAACACUCUACACCCAUACCUUCACACCAUUAUCUCACCCAAACUCUACCCCCUACCUUCACACCACCAUCUCACCCAAACUGUUCACCCCUACCUUCCUACCACCGUCUCACCCAAACUGUACAACCCUACCUUCUGCCACAAUCUCACCCAAACUCUACAUCCCUACCUUCACACCAACAUCUCACCCAAACUCUACACCCCCACCUUCACACCAUCAUCUCACCCAAACUCUACACCCCUACCUUCCCACCACCAUUUCACCCAUACUGUACACCCCUACCUUCCUACCACCAUCUUACCAAAACUCUACACCCCUACCUUCCUACCACCAUCUCACCCAAACUCUACACCCCCUACCUUCCUACCACCAUCUCAUCCAAACUCUACACCCCUACCUUCCUACCACCAUCUCACCCAAACUCUACACCCCCUACCUUCUUGCCACCAUCUCACCCAAACUCUACAUCCCCUACCUUCCCACCACCAUCUCACCCAAACUCUAUACCACUACCUUCCUUCCACCAUCUCACCCAAACUCAACACCGCUACCUUUCCACCACCAUCUCACCCACACUCUACACCCCUACAACAAUCUAA